GCUGGUGCUGCCAUGUAAGCACCUCCCACCUUUUCCAUGGCCGGCUUUUAUGAGACCUGCGCAUUCUCUGCGGCGUCUUCUCUCCUCAUGCCAUGCCAAUAAGUCGAGAUCCCUGUGUCCUUUUGAUGGGUACUGAGAGACUCGACAUCCCACAGCGGCGACAUCCAGUUUGAACAUGCAACGGUAUUAGUAGGCACAUCUCAUCUACAGACGGACCAACGCACCUUCGCCUGUGGCCCUUCAGACAAGUGAGACAAGAACGCGUUCUCCAGAUACCUUCGCCAUGAAGUUCUUCCUUUCACGGCGUUGGAAGCCGAACAAAUGGCCUUUCUACGGCCUGGUAGCCUUGGAGAUCCCAUUGACCAUCGCACUUCUGGCAUUAUUCGGCAUUGCCUCUCCAGACACCUACCGAACGAGGCUCUGGCAAGAUGGCGCGGACAAUGGCUUCAACUCGAGCCCGUUGACAGGGCUCUAUGCCGCGGCCAACUAUCGGCCCUAUACCACUCCCAAGGUCUGGUCGCAAUUCAUUACCGACUACAAUGUCGCAAUUACCGUCCUCUCCAUGUUCAUCAUGCUGGUCAAGUCAAUUAUGUACAUGCUCCAUGUAUUCCCUCCGAUCCUCUCCGUCCUGGUUCACACCGGCCUCCUCAUCUUAUACGCCGUCUCCGUGGACUACCAAGCCAGCAGUGACACCACCGACCCCGAUCACCCUCAGCACGGUGCACCCUGGUACAUCACCAAAUCCUGUAGCGUGGCUCAUAACAAGAACAACAUCGGGUACUGUACACAGGCGAAAGCUAGCUUUGCAUGUACUUGCGCCAUGCUGGGCGUUUUCGUUACAUAUUUCGGCUUCGCCGCGUACUCGUGUUUCCCCAGCAAACAACAACGCGAGGAAUAUGCUGAGAAGCAGCGAAUCAAGGCCGAACGCUGGGCAAAAUUUGAGACUUACCAGGACGAUGUGACGGGCGAGACAAUUGUACAAGGCUACCCUGUGCCCGAUACACCAGGUCUUUCGACUGGUCGACUGAACCCCAUGACACCGCGAACACUUGCAUUCAACACGUUGGGUGGAACGAAGGAUCUUCCAUUGCGGAACCACUUCAGCUCUCCCAACGUCCAGGGCACUACCUCUCCAUCCUUUGCGAUUCGGAGUCCCGAUUUGCCUAGAAGCCCGAUGAGUCCGGGAUUCGUUCAGCGAGUGGGCACCGGCUCCGAAAAAGCGAAUGGCAAAUCCCCUGAGAUUGGCAUGGGUCUGGCAGAAUCAGCUACACCACAGCUAUACUUCCCUCCUCCACCAAAGACGUCGAAGAAGUGAGGACUUAACUGAUUUGUCUUCUCUCCUGAUGGAGCAUUCUGGUAUGAGAUGUGAGCUAUGAGCUCGAUGAUCUGGGAGCGUGAAUCGCUGAUGGAAACUGAUAAUUUACAACCAGUUGAUAUUCGAUGUGGGCGCAGAGACCGGUUAUUUGGUGGUCAAUCAGUCUUAUGAUGAGGCGUCACGGAUUAACCCCUGGAAUGAGAAGAAGGGAGGGAGCUUGCACAGAGGAGCUCAAGGGAUCAUAAGGAUCUAUGUACAAUCUUGCACAAUUCAGAAUCGAACUCUUAUAGACGCUUGUCCAGGAUGAUGUGAGUUGACAGGUAAAUUGCCGUCAUACGCUCUGUGUAAGAGCACACCUCACACGCUCGUUCGGGAUUGAACAUCGAUCUUAACGAAGAGUCAGCGCCCCCCUGCAUUAGA